AUGGCGACUGCGGAACAAAAAGAAAACGAAAUUGCAACGGCACACUACACAGCUAUGGAUACUGAAGGCGAAAAUGCAAAUGGCGUCCGAACAGACGUGACAAUGAACAAGCACACGGGAGCAAACAACGGUCAGAAGAAGGUCAACUACCAAUACGAGCACGGAGAUCAGGGUCCGUUUCGUGUCAUGGUUGAGUUAAUCGACACACAGGAUGGAAGAGUGAAAAUCAACAAGUUGUCGCUGGCAUGUACACUGCGAAAGAUGCCAUUGUACAAAACCCACGUAACCGAAAUGAAGCAGGUUGGACGUAAUAAGUUGAUGGUAUACUUCAACAAUUACCAAAUCGCAAACAGGCUGACAACGGAUGAACAUCUCAAGGACAAAAACUACCGAGCAUACAUACCACGACAUUUGGUCUCUGUCACUGGUGUUAUUGCCGGUGUUCCAUUGGAUAUUUCUGCUGAGGAAAUCAUGGACGAGCUGGAAUGUGAGUACCCAGUAAUGGCAGUCUACCGUAUGAACCGACACGUUAACGGAAAAAAGGAACCAACGAUGCGAUUGAGCGUAACGUUCAGAGCAGCCAAACUACCCGAGCAUGUCAGAAUUUUCUGCUGUUCGGUUGGCGUUAGAGCGUUCUACAGGAAAACCGUCUUGUGUCAGAAUUGUCUUCGGUACAAUCAUCUGACAGCGAAUUGCAAAAGCAAACGCAGAUGCGAGAACUGCUCAAGGACACACGACAGACAAGAGGAAUACAACGAGUGCAGGCAACCACAGCGGUGUUUGUACUGUCGAACGGCGCACAAAACAACGGAUUUCAACUGCCCGGAAAGAACCAGACAAAACAAUGUACAGGCGAUUAUGGCACGAACAAGCCUAACGGCGAUUGAAGCUGUGGAGCAGUUUCCCAUACAAACCCGAAAUUAUUACGAAGCAUUGGUUGACAGAGCACAGGAGCCCACCCCAGCCGAAUCCUUCGCAUCAAUGACAGCAGGAAAGUACAAGGCGCGGUUCGCGCCACCACCCAGACCACGGAAACGCACGGGAGUGACAGAAACGUCGGUCAACAUUGCGGAUCAAGUAGUGGUAAUGCAGGAGAAAAAGAAGAAAACCGAUGGAGAAUGCGAAACGAAUGGAGUUGCCUUGUUCAACAAGUACAAGGUCACGGAGGCGGAAAAGUGGAAGAACCAGCUACGGCAAGCAGCGAAGCAGCAGCAAGAGAGUAAUGACGGAAUGAAUGACCUACAGCCCACCCCAUCAACGAGCGUGGCGGGUGCAUCAAACCAGGAGGAUUUCUCAAGGUUUGUUACGAACAUGAUCGGAGAAGAUGAAUUAUUGCGAGUAUUGAAUGAUGUAAACUACGACGUCGGAGUGUUCUCGGAGACUUGGACUCGUCCAGGAGAGGAGGCAAGCCGAGCGUAUAGGAUCAGCGGUUAUCAUCAGAUACUAACAGCACGACCAGAUGGUUAUGGAGGAGUUGGCGUGUACGUCCAGAUGAAAUACAACUACCAGCAGAUAAGCGUCACGGUGCAGUCGGACCAGAUUCAAAUAGUAGCCGUCAAAGUGCUGAGACUAGAUGUCGUCAUCGUCGGAGUGUAUGUUGCACCAUCGGUUCCAUCUAACGUUUUUGAGGCGGAACUGAAUUCGAUCAUCGCUCAACUGGAAAGAUUCAACAGGAUCAUCAUAGCUGGUGACUUUAAUUGCCACCACUAUUCGUGGGGCAACAACUAUUGCGACAGGAAGGGGACAAUUCUGAUGGACGCCAUCAAUGCAUCAAAUCUCAUUGUGAUGAACGACGGAUCGAAAACGUUCAUCCCUAUAGACACCACGAAACAAGCAACAGCAAUCGACUUGACCAUAUGUUCGGCAGGGCUGUAUUCGCAAACUGAUUGGAAAACUAUUCCGAAAUCCGUUGGGAGAAGCGAACAUCUGUUGAUCGAAGCCAGUUUGAUCACGUCUGAUAAAGACCCUAGACCAAUCUUCGUAAACCAUCAGAGGAUAGCCAAAGAGGUUGCAAGCUGGAAUGCAGAUGAUAUUCAAAGCUUGGAUGACUUCAAAAACAAGGUGAAGCAGUGUGUAGAUAGCAACAAGAAAGUAAGCAGGCACACGCCCAAAGCUUGGUGGAGCGAUAGAGUGGAAGUGGCAUGGAAGGAAAAAAUGGAAGCUGUGAAACGGUUUCGUAAUUGCAGUACUAUUGAAAAUGCUAUAGAGGUUAAGAAGUGUUCUGCAACAUUCACCAGACUGAAGAACGAGGGUAUCAAGAAGCAGAUUGAAGAGCUUGCUGAAAGCGUGGACCCGCAAACAAGCUCGAAGAUCCUGUGGAGCAAAAUUGCAAGGAUAUCAGGAAAAAGAAACAAAAGAAGAGUCAACAAUCCGAUACAGGAGGAUGAACGCCUAGGAGAGGAGUUUUUGGACGUGCACGUUGGACAAAACGAUGUAGAUAUCGAGGUACCAAUAUCCUACGGACCUGUCUGCCGCUACAAUUUGAUGGAUGCAGACAAGUGGAGCAAGAUUCUGGCAUCAAAAAAUUCGAAGUCGGCACCUUCCGGAGAUAUGAUCACGUACGGAAUGCUCAAGCAAAUAAAACCAGAGGUUAGAGACGUCAUAAUAGAACAUAUAAACCGUAUGUUCGUAUCAGGUACUUUAACAUACCACCUGAAGGAAAUCAAAAUCGUAGCGAUUCCCAAGCCGGGACGUGAUCAGAGCACCGUACAGGGAAAAAGGCCAAUAGCCUUGAUCCCAACAAUUACCAAAAUCACAAACACAGCCGUGUUGGAGAAGAUCCAGAACCAUCUACAAGAAAGAUGUAUUUUACCCGAACUGUCUUUUGGGUUCAGAAGAAACGUUUCAACGUCGACUUGUCUCAACUACGUGGUAAAUGCCAUUAAACAGAAUAAACGAGCCGGGUUUAUCACGGCGGUGACUUUCAUCGAUUUAACAAACGCCUACAAUGCCGUAAAAACGGACACCUUGGAGGAGACCAUGCAAGAACUACUAUUUCCGUCAGAAGUUAUAAUAUGGGUUACGUCCUUUUUGAAAAACAGGAAAAUCGCAAUGAAGGUAGGAGAAAAAACGUUGACGAGGAUAGUAAGCAACGGACUUCCACAGGGCGAUGUGAUGUCGCCCUCUCUUUUUAACGUGUACACGACAAAACUACACACAAUAUACGAUGAGGACACUAUCUUGGUUCAGUUUGCGGAUGAUUUCGCUCUAAUAGUUAGGGCGAAAUCCAUCGAAGCAUUAAACCAAAAAAUGCAAAUCCACUUGACCAACUUUACUAGUAAAGCGAAGGACCUGAACCUAGAAAUCAAUCCAAACAAAACGAAGAUUAUCCUGUUCCAUGGAGGAACUCAGCCGCUAAACAUAAAAGUCGACAAUACUGUGAUAGAAAAGGUUAACAGUCACAGGUACCUGGGACUGUACAUAGAUAGAUUUUUGGGGUUUGGAGGCCACAUACGGAUUAUGAAGGAGAAAAUACAGGAACGAUUGAAGAUGCUGAAAGUGAUAUCUAGCAUUCGUAGCGGGGGUCACCCACAGACGAUGAUCUUGCUGUACAACGCCCUGGUGAGAAGCUGUGUGGAGUACGGGUCAUCAACAGUCAACAAUACAUCAACGACGAACAGAAAGACAAUACAAACCGCCUUAAAUGCGUGCUUGCGAAAAGUCACUGGAUGCAGUAAAACUACACCACUGAACUCGCUGCUAGCAGUAGCAAGUCAGGAGCCGUGGGACAUACGUAGCGAGUAUAUAGCGUGCAAAGAACUUGCAAAAAACGUUGCAUACAGAAAUCCGAUCUAUGAGCAGUUGCAAGAGAUUGAAGACUACGAAGGAGACAGUGAGAAGCUGACUUACCAGGAAAAGCAGUACUUGGAACAUCGCAACAUCUUCAACACUAUCAGCCCUGUCCGGACGGUGGUGGUCGAUCCGGCAUCAGCAGAGGUCACCAUCAAUAUGAGCGUAGGAGCCGUGUUCAAAAAGCAAAAUACGAACCCGAGGGUGAUGAAACAAAUGGUGUUAGGACUUCUCAAUGGGAAAUACAAGACCAGGUGUAAAAUUUACACAGAUGCAUCAAACUUGGAUGGAACUUGUGGAAUAGGAAUCUUCUUGGAGUUCAGCAACCGUAGGAUUUCGCUGAGAUUGGAGCACCAAACAUCGAUCAUGACGGCCGAACUGUUAGCAAUAAAAGUAGCAGCAGAUGAGGUCAGAGCGCACCAGGCGAGGGAUGCAGUAAUUUUCACGGAUUCGCUGUCGUCCUGUAUGCUGUUGGACCACAGCCAGCGACACUCGGAAAGAAGCGAAAUAGCAGAUGAAAUCAUCCGGACUUGCCAGGAAUGGAACGUCGAUAUCCAAUGGAUUCCAAGUCACAUCGACAUCAAAGGUAACGAUCUGGCUGAUGAGUUGGCCAAACACGGAGCACAGCAUGGAGAACUCUUCGAACAUCCAGUUUUACUGAAGGACGCAUAUCUACGAUUGAUGAAAAUCAAACAGGAAAAGGUGAACAACUGGUAUAAGGAUUACGCCAACGAAAAAGGACGAAAGUUUGCAGAAAUUCAACCCGAAUUUAAAGAGAAGCCUUGGUACUACAACUUGCCUUUGAACAACGUCGAAACAAGAACUCUCAACAGACUGAUCACCGGGCACGACUACAGCAAAUACUGGCUGCAUAAAAUGAAGCUGAAAGACAGUCCGAUCUGCGAUUUCUGCAACGAGAUGGAGACCGCGGAACAUCUUGUACUUCACUGCAAACGAUACUCGCAAAUAAGAAAACAAUAUGACUAUGAUGGUAAAUACCAAAACUCUAAACAGCUAUUCGAAGCGAAGGAUGUGAAUAUCCUUCGAGAUGUUGUUGGUGUCCGGUUUUCGCAUUUCGACUCAGUCGCAGUGCUCCACACGAACCCAGGUGCCAUUCAGUUAAACGUCUGGGACAUGGACGGCCAAGAAAAGUUCGACGGACAGCGAGACGGGUACCACAUUCAGGGCCAGUGCGCCAUCAUCACAUCCCGAGUCACCUAAAAGUACGUCUCCAAUAGGCACAGGGAUUUGCUGCGGGUGUGCGAAAACAUCCCAAUGGUGCUGUGCGGCAACAAAGUCAACAUCAAGGACCGUAAAGUGGAUGCCAAAGCCAUUGUAUUCCACCGGAAUAACAACAAGUUCGAGAAGCCGUUCCUGUGGUUGGCCCGCAAGCUGAUCGGUGACCCGAAUCUGGAAUUUGUCGCCAUGCCCGCCCUGCUCCCACCGGAAGUCAAGAUGGACAAGUACUGACAGCAGCAGGUCGAGAAGGAUUUGCAGGAAGCGCAAGCGACCGUAUUGCCCGACGAAGACGAGGAUCUGUAA